CCCGUGAUGGAUUUCCUGCGGCGCCGCCUCUCGGACGGGAAUUUCCUGGCGGGGGGGGGAUGGGGGGAUGGGGGGGAUGGGCGGGGACCCCCCCCCAGCUGGGGAGGGGCGGGGAGACCCCCCCGGACCCCUCCCCCCACGGCGCCGCUGCUGCUCGUGAUCGCCCCCCCCGGCACGGACUGGGUGAAACCCUUCAAGGGCAAAUCCGUGCACGGGGACGUGGAGCUGAGGGUGGAGCAGCUUUGGGGCGGGACUGAGGGAUCCCAGGAGGUUUUGGGGGGCCCCAGGCGGUUUUUGGGGUGUCCCCCCCUGGAUUUUGGGGUCCCCCAGGCCCAGUUCUCGGAGCUCUCCUUGGCCGCCUCCACCCACGGCGCCCUCAGCGUCACCAUCGACCCCCCCCGGGGGGGCUCCAGGAGGGUGCGCCCCGAUUUUGUGCUGGUGCGGGAGGAGCCCGAGGGGGGGGCGGGGGGCGCCCCCCGCAGGCUCCUGGUGGGAUUGCACCUGGGGGGGGUCCCCGGCAGCGACCCCCUCCCCACCGUGUACGGCUUCAGCCACGCCCCCUGCCUGGUGCCGGGAACUGGGCCAUGA